AUGGUACGCUGGAAGAUCAAGAUCUCCAAAACACACAAUCAGGAAUACUACUAUAACCCCUCCACGUCCGAGUCGAUCUGGACCCCUCCAGAAGGAACGGACAAAGACGCAUUGGACUUGUAUCUGUCGAAAAACCUGCACAAACCAAAGAAGGUUGCGGCCAGACACAUCCUCGUGAAACACAAAGACUCCAGAAGACCGUCCUCGUGGAAAGAACAGAACAUCACACGCACCAGAGAGGAGGCAAUUGAGCUGGUCAAGGGCUACAAAGCGCAGAUCGAGUCUGGCGAGGCGUCGUUCGAGGAGAUCGCGUCCGAACACAGCGACUGCAGCUCGCACUCAAAGAAUGGCGACCUGGGCUAUUUUGGGCCUGGCGAGAUGCAGCCUAGCUUCGAAAAGGCCGCGUUCGGCCUGCAGGUCGGCGAGCUGAGCGACGUUGUCGAGUCUGACAGCGGCGUCCAUCUCAUCGAGAGAACAGGAUGA